GGGACCAGGAGCGGUCUUGUAGAGUCCCAGGAGCAGCCAGGAGAGGGUAGGAGCAGUGGCUGCCAUGGAUGAGGAUAAGCUCCCAUCUGUACUGCCUGAGGAAUGUGGGGCCACCUGGGACUCCAGCCUGGAGCCUGAGGAGGAGCCGGGGGUCCAUCAUGGAAUGGCAGCCAGUGAGGGCCUGAACAGCAGCCUCAGCAGCCCAGGGCAUGACAAGAGGGGCACACUGGCAGACACAGAGGAGCCCACAAAAGACAAGGACAGGGCCCUCCACAGCCUCAGCCUUGACCUCUCCCUCAUCAAUGGCCUAGUCCUGGGACCAGACUCGAACAUUCUGGAAGAUUCAACAGAGUCCAGGGCCUGGAGGGCUGGCGGGCUGGCGGAGAGGGACGAUGCCUCCAGGAGCCUCUGUCCAGAGGAUCUUCAGCUGGGGCUGGAUGGCCCUGGGGACCUGGAUGUGCGGGAUGGCUUCAGCACCACAUUUGAGAAGAUUCUGGAGUCAGAGCUGUUGCGGGGCAUGCAGUACAGUAGCCUCGAUUCCCUAGAUGUUCUGAGCCUCACAGACGAGAGCGACAGCUGUGUCAGCUUUGAAGCCCCUCUCACUCCCCUCAUCCAGCAGAGGGCCCAUGAUAGCCCUGAGCCAGGGGCUGGGUUGGGCAUUGGGGACAUGGGGUCUGAGGGCGACAUGGGGGCAGCUGGUGGUGAUGGGGAGCUGGGCAGUCCCCUGCGGUGCUCCAUCUCCAGCAGCCGCUCAGAGAACGUCCUGAGCUGCCUGUCUCUCACGGCUGUGCCCAAUGGAUUUCAUGAAGAUGGACCCCAGGCCCCAGGCGGGGACGAGGAUGAUGAUGAGGAGGACACGGACAAAUUGCUGAACUCAGCCAGUGACCCCAGCCUGAAGGACGGCCUGUCAGACUCAGACUCAGAGCUGAGCAGCUCUGAAGGGCUGGAGCUUGGUAGCACGGACCCACUGGCCAAUGGGUGCCAGGGGGUGAGUGAAGCUGCUCGCCGGCUGGCACGCCGCCUCUACCACCUUGAGGGCUUCCAGCGCUGCGACGUGGCCCGGCAGCUGGGCAAGAACAACGAGUUCAGCAGGCUGGUGGCUGGGGAGUACCUCAGUUUCUUCGACUUCUCGGGCCUGACUCUGGACCGAGCGCUCAGAACCUUCCUGAAGGCCUUUCCAUUGAUGGGGGAGACGCAAGAGCGUGAGAGGGUUCUUACGCACUUCUCCCGCCGGUACUGCCAGUGCAACCCUGAUGACAGCACCUCGGAAGAUGGGAUCCAUACACUCACCUGUGCCCUGAUGCUACUCAACACGGACCUACACGGACAUAACAUUGGCAAGAAGAUGUCCUGCCAGCAAUUCAUUGCCAACUUGGACCAGCUGAAUGAUGGUCAAGACUUUGCCAAAGACCUGCUGAAGACCCUUUACAACUCCAUCAAGAAUGAAAAGCUGGAAUGGGCCAUUGAUGAGGACGAGCUGAGGAAAUCCCUGUCUGAGCUGGUGGAUGACAAGUUUGGGACAGGCAUGAAGAAGGUGACACGGAUCCUGGAUGGUGGCAACCCCUUCCUGGAUGUCCCGCAGGCUCUCAGCGCCACCACCUACAAGCAUGGCGUGCUGACCCGGAAGACUCAUGCAGACAUGGAUGGCAAGAGGACACCCCGUGGGAGGCGUGGCUGGAAAAAAUUCUACGCGGUGCUCAAAGGGACCAUCCUGUACCUGCAGAAGGACGAGUACAGGCCUGAUAAAGCCCUGGCAGAGGGCGACUUGAAGAACGCCAUUCGCAUCCAUCACGCUCUGGCCACCAGGGCCUCUGACUACAGCAAGAAGUCCAAUGUGCUCAAGCUGAAGACGGCGGACUGGAGGGUCUUCCUCUUCCAGGCACCGAGCAAGGAAGAAAUGCUGUCCUGGAUCCUUAGGAUCAACCUGGUAGCUGCCAUCUUCUCAGCCCCAGCCUUCCCAGCUGCUGUCAGCUCCAUGAAGAAGUUCUGUCGGCCCCUGCUGCCCUCCUGCACCACCCGCCUCUGCCAGGAGGAGCAGCUGCAGUCUCAUGAGAAUAAGUUGAGGCAGGUGACAGCAGAGCUGGCUGAGCACAGAUGUCACCCAGUGGAGAGGGGUAUCAAGUCCAAGGAGGCAGAGGAGUACCGGCUGAAGGAGCACUAUCUCACAUCUGAGAAAAGUCGUUACGAAACCUAUAUCCACCUCCUGGCUGUGAAAAUCAAAGUAGGCUCCGAUGAUCUGGAGCAUAUUGAGGCCCGGUUGGCCACCCUGGAAGGGGAUGACCCCUCUCUCCGGAAGACACACUCGAGCCCUGCCCUUAGCCAGGGCAACGGACCUGUGACUGGCAGCAAAGCCACAAGGGAUACCACUGAGCCUGACACUUAGCUGGCAUGGAUGGGCAGGCAAAUGCCCCCAGAGGGCUCAGUGAGCACAAUUCCAGCCAGGGGCCACUUGGACCAAGCUCCAGACAGGCAGCCAGAGGGGUGCAAAGAGCCCUGUGGGCCAAGAAGAUGGAGAUGCCAUUCAUGGCAUUGAUGUUCUUGCAUCCUGGGGCAUCUCCGGCCCUUGUUCCCCUCUCCACCAGGGAGCCUCCUGUUGUAGGCCAGUUGUGUGCAUGUUAUAGACACCACCGCCCUGCAGAAGCUGGAAAGGCCAUUGUUUUCCCAGGUCCUUCUCUUCAUCAAGCUCCUGCCUCACUUCCCUUGUCUGUGAGGGCAGGUCUUGACUCCAGGUCUCAGCUUGGACCUCCAUCCUAUCUCCUCCUCCUUCCUCGGAGUUGACCAGCAGCAGGUCUGCAGACCACCAGCACCAUCCCCUCCUUCCUCCUCCCAGCAACCUCUGGAAUCAUGUCCAGUUCUCUUGCCUCACAUCGCAAUAAUCCAGGAUCUGGGCCUGCCCCUCUCAGUGCCAAGCUGACUCCACUCACAUGUGCAUCCACCUCUCCUUCCAUCCAUUGAGGCCACUACUGCCUCCUUUUAUACAGACAUAAAUGUGUGUGUAUAUAUAUAUAUGUAUAUAAGAAUUAUAUAUAUGGAACCCCUUUACAUAUUGUUUUGGAACUGAUAUCAGUUAGAAGAUAAAAUCAGAUGAAGGAAAAGCCUAUUUCGGAGCUCCACCUGUAAGUGGCCCCUGGUGGUCCUGACACUAUGCGAGAGAAGAUGGAGAUAGUGCUGACCUCCCCUCACCCUGUUUGUUCCCUCUUCCGGCUGACCUGUGACUUGCACUGCUCUUAUAGUUGAUACUUUUGAAAAAAAUAGAGCUGUGUGCACUGCCACAUCUGUCCCAUGUGCAUCGUGGGGUGUGAGUUGGAUGGGACCACAGUCCUGUUUAUAUUUUGGUCUUUAUGUUGGUGCUACCAGGUCUCUGAGCUCCAGAGGUGGCCUCUUGUACAGAUCUACUGAUACAGGAAUAAAAGGCACUCUGCCUUGCAAAUAGCCACUUGUCAACAAGUCCAAAGAAGUGUGGUGGAGGAAGGUUACAGAGGCCAUUAAUUCUUGGUCUUGGGAAAAGGUGGAACGACAAGUUGCUGAUUGUUUUUAGUUUGCUGUUUCAUUUUUCUAGUGAAUCAGAAAGGCUUAGCUAAGGACAUGUCUGGGAAGAAUAGAAGAAUUUGCCAUUUGAAGAUCACAUUUAACAUCCUUUAAACCCUGCAUUCCUCAGACUGACAAGUGCCAUUGAUGGUACCCUCAAUGCAGCUAUGAUGAGCAAAUCUUUUCUAUUGUUGAAAUAGAUUAUUGUAGUUUGGCCAGCAAUCUGACCUCAGUGGUAACAUAUUUAACUAAUAAGAUAAGCCAACCUUGCAACUAAGUGUCUAACAUUUACUAGCCCACUCACAUUGGAUGCAAGGGACAUGUGUGUCCAUGGACAGAUGUAGUGAUUUAAAUCCAGAUUAUUUAAUUUGGAUCAGCUGAAGUGUGUUUUAUAACCAAACCAUCUGGUCCCUUCGUUUUGCUUAGGGGAAGUAACUGUUCAUUUAAACGAAACUGGAAAGGCAAUGUGGCAACAUAAAAGAGCUCUCUGUACUUUCUCCACGCUGCCUCAAAGGUCUUUUGAUUUUGGGGGUCAGCGUCCCACCCUUCACUGCAUGAGGGCAGGUGAGUGAAAACAGGGGUGCAAGCUCCAUAAGCUGCAGACAGAUGUGCUUCCCCGAGCACUAAUUGUGCCUCCCAUCAGUAAAAAAAGUUUUAGUUGCUUCCUUAAUUGUAUAAUUAUUUAUUUGUAAAUUAUACACAUGUACUACUGUACUAAAAUAUUAUGUACAUUAUAAAACAUACACAAAAAUAGAAAUUUAAAAAAAGAUGAGAUAAAAAUAAAUUUAAAUCAAAGUUCUAA